AUGUACAUGAGAUUGAGCAACACGGUGAUCGGGUUCUUGAACCUCUUCACACUGCUGGCAUCGAUCCCGAUAAUCGGCGCCGGGCUUUGGAUGGCCCGCAGCAGCACCACGUGCGAGAGCUUCCUCCAGACUCCGCUGUUGGUGGUGGGCUUUGUGGUCUUAAUAGUGUCCUUAGCGGGCUUCAUAGGGGCCUGCUUCCACGUGGCGUGGGCCCUUUGGGUCUACCUCCUCGUCAUGCUCUUCCUCAUCGGGGCCUUAAUGGGCCUCACCGUCUUCGGGUUUGUUGUUACCGGGCCUGGUGGAGGGGAUGACGUGGCAGGCAAGAUCUACAAGGAGUACCAUCUGGAGGCUUAUUCGGGUUGGCUAAGGAAGCGGGUCGAGGAUCCGAGGUAUUGGACGACUAUCAGGGGGUGUAUCGUCGGAUCCAAGACCUGCGGGAAGGUUGCCACGUGGACGCCGUUUGACUAUCUCACUAGGGAUUUGACUCCUAUUCAGUCGGGGUGCUGCAAACCGCCAACCUCGUGCAGCUACGGGUCGGGUUCUGCGGCGGCAGGCCAGGACCCAGACUGCUACCGUUGGAACAACGACCCGAGCGUGCUGUGCUACGAGUGCGAUUCGUGCAAGGCCGGUCAUUUGCCGUACUCUCAAAUUAUUUAUUAA